AUGUCAGAGAUGUUCAGGGCUUUUGACCAGUCUGAGGCUUUUAAUGUGGGGACAACAGGAGCUAAAGUAUUCUCUGGACCAGCAGUGGAAGAAUUUGGAUAUACUGUGAAGCAGUUCAGCAAUCAUCAAGGCAAAUGGUUACUUGUGGGUGCUCCAUGGAGUGGCUACAAACAGAACAGGAAAGGAGAUGUCUAUAAGUGUGAGAUCAUGGGCCCUGGAUCUAGCUGUGAGAGACUUAACCUUCAGAACUCUGUCAACAUAAACACUGUGAACAACAUCAACACCAACAUGAGUCUUGGUCUGACCCUCACUCGCACGACCAAAAACGACGGAUUCAUGACUUGUGGUCCUCUCUGGGCUCAACAGUGUGGCAGCCAGUAUUUCUACCCAGGAGUCUGUGCUGAAGUGAAACCGCUUUUCUCUCCUCUUCCUGCGUUCUCUCCUGCAUUGCAGACUUGUGGUGGUCCGAUGGACAUUGUCAUUGUUCUGGAUGGUUCCAACAGUAUAUAUCCAUGGAACCCUGUGGUAACCUUCCUCGAAAAACUGUUAGAGAACUUGGACAUUGGACCCAGUAACACCCAGGUCUGUAUCAUUCAGUAUGGUGUUGAUCCUUCUUUUGAAUUCUACCUGAGUUCCUAUAAGACAAAAGCAUCAAUUGUUGAGGCUGCUUCUAAGAUAAAACAGAAGCAAGGACUGGAGACAAACACCUUCAAUGCUAUUGAGUUUGCCAGGGCGAAUGCGUUCCUGCCGAGUAAUGGAGGUCGUCCAGGGGCAACUAAAGUGAUGGUGGGGGUGACUGAUGGAGAGUCUCAUGACCAGGCAUUGAGAGACAAAGUUAUACAGGAGUGUGAGAAAGAGAAGAUAACUCGUUUUGGAAUUGCUGUACUAGGUUAUUACCUGAGAAAUGACAUUGACACCAAAAAUCUCAUCAAGGAAAUUAAAUCAAUAGCCAGUGUCCCAACAGAGAAGUACUUUUUCAAUGUGUCUGCAGAGGAGGUUCUCUUUGAGAUAGCCGGGACUCUGGGAGAUCGAAUUUUCAACAUAGAGGGCACUGGUAAAGGGGGAGAUUUCCAAAUGGAGAAUGUCCCAAGUUGGUUCAGUGCACAUCAGACUAGUAAAGAGGAUGUCUUUAUGCUGGGUGCUGUUGGAGCCUAUGGAUGGAGUGGAACUGUAGUUCAUCAAAGUGCCCAGAAGUCAGAAAUUUUCCCUAAAAGUGCAUUUGAGAAAAUUCUGGAGGACAAGAACCAUAGUUCAUUACUGGGUUACUCAGUGACCACGCUGACUGAUGGCUCCUCUGAGUACUUUGUGGCCGGUGCUCCUCGCUCUAAUCACACUGGACAGGUGAUAGUGUACAUAAUCAACAGCCAAAAACAGCCCGUCAUCAUAGACUCACAGAGAGGACAUCAGAUUGGCUCCUACUUUGGCAGUGUGCUUUGUCCUCUGGAUGUGGAUGGUAAUGGUGUUACUGAUGUGCUUUUGGUUGGAGCUCCUAUGUUCAUGAGUGACCAAAAAAAGGAGACAGGAAAAGUCUAUCUUUUCUCCAUCACCAAGGGUCUUUUGAGUGCUGCUGGAUCUCUGGAGGGUCCUUCUCCAUCAGUGGACGCUCGGUUUGGGUUUGCCAUCUCGGCCAUGCCUGACCUUAACCUGGAUGGCUUCAAUGAUGUGGUGGUUGGAGCCCCACUAGAGGACAAUAACCAUGGAAUUAUUUACAUUUAUUAUGGAGAAAAGAGAACUAUCCUGAAACAAAGCUCACAGAAAAUCUUUGCAUCAAAACUGGACCCAGGCCUGCAGUACUUUGGGCGAUCCCUGGAUGGCAGCGGAGAUCUUAAUGCUGAUACAAUCCCAGACAUCUCGGUGGGGGCAUAUGGGAAGGUGAUCCAGCUUUGGUCCAGAGGAAUUGCAGUUGUAACAGCGAAGAUGUCUUUUACCCCUGAGAAGAUUAGUGUUCUGAACAAACCCUGUUCCUUCGGUGGAAGAAUGGUAUCCUGUUUCAAAGCCAAUAUUUGCUUCAGGGCCACAUUCAGGCCCAGGACACGAGCGGGACCUGUAGAAAUCACAUACAAUCUGACUUUGGAUAAAGAUCUCCAGUCGUAUCGAGUCAGUUCAAGAGGCCAGUUCAUCAACUCAGAGCGUUUGUCCAGAAAGACAUUCAGUGUCACCACACAGGAGAUGUGUCAAGAGCACGAAGUCUACAUCCAGGAAGCCCCUGAUUUGGUCAACCCAAUUUCUCUGCAUGUGGAAGUUGUUCAACAACGUCCCGAUACCAAUCCUGUUCUGGAUGUUUUGAGUCCCAAUGCAUGGGAGUUUUUUUAUUCCAUUUCAAAGGACUGUGGUACUGAUGAAUUGUGUCGAAGUGACCUGAGCAUAAAUGUCAGAAGAACAGAUCAGCAGUCAAGUUCAUCUCCACUGUUGGUCACCUAUACCAAAAGAUUGUCUCUCACUGUGACUGUGAUGAACAGUAAGGAGAAUGCCUACAACACCAGAGUAUCUGCCAACUUCUCCAACAACCUAUACUACUCCUCCAUUACACCACCUGUUGAUGGGACAGAGGUCAAAUGCACCUUAACCUCAGAAUCCCUAACCUUGUACUGCCAGAUUGGAUAUCCAGUCCUCCAGAUGAACCAGGAGGUGACUUUUGAUGUCAAUUUUGACUUUAAUCUAAAGGAAACUCAAAAGGAUGCCAAAGUCAGCUUUCAGGUCCAAAGUGACAGCACAGAGGAAAUACCUUCAGACAAUAAGGUCUCCAUGUCCAUCCCUCUCCAGUAUGACUCUGAGAUCAUUCUCACCAGAGAUACAAAUCUGAAUGUUUAUUUUCUGGAUGAAGAGAGCAGUGUGAAGACAACAAUGACGAGUUUCAGUGAUAUAGGCCCAGAGUUUAACUUCAUUAUAAAGGUCUCUACAGGGAAUUUCCCUAUGAGUCUGGCUUACCUUACUGUCUCACUGCCCACAAAGACUAAGGAAGGAAACUCUCUGCUCUAUGUGACUGCUGUAAAUACAGAACCUGUUGCAAAUGUCCACUGUGAGACCAGCAGCCUGAUUGACCCCCUGAAGAUUAAAGAGAGACCAUACACAGCCAGCUUCUCCAAAGAGAACCUCAGAGGAACCAAGGAACUGAACUGUGAAACUGCAGUAUGUCAGCAAAUGAAAUGCACCCUGAAAGGCCUAGAGACGAAGAGUGAUUACUUUGUGAACGUUACUGCAUGGAUUUGGAAUGGCACUUUUGCCUCAGCAGAUUUUCAGUCUGUCUUAUUGACAGUGAAUGCAAUGGUAGAAACAUCUCAACCUGAUCUUCUACUCAUCAAACACAACAACCAGCAGGUUGUAGUCACUAUCAGUGAUCCCCGAGCAAAAAGGGACGUGCCAAUUGGUAUCAUAGUAGGCAGUGUGAUCGGUGGCCUGCUCUUACUAGCUGCUGCUGUUGCAGUGCUCUGGAAGGUCGGUUUCUUCAAGAGGAAGUAUACACAGCUGCAGAAGAACGCUGCCGAUGACGAGGAGACAGAGGGACUGCAGGCCAACACUGCCUGA